AUGGAGGGCAAGUUGCUAGCGCUGAGUGGACUGAUGGACGAGCCUCAUUUUCGCCGACUCAUCAAAUUCCAAGCACGCCGCCGACAAUGCCUCGGUGGCAGCGACGUGGAGAUCCUCACCGAGACAGUGCACGUCCUUAUGUGCGACGACCCGCAAGUGUCGUUCACUGCCUACCGCAUGCGCAUCCGCAGUGCUGAAGACGUGCUGCACCACACUACAUUCUCGCGAGACCGGGACUCCGAUGAAGGUGGGCGCUGGGUGCUCGAAAAGCGCUAUUCGGAGUUUGAUAAGUUCCGCAAGCAGUUCCUUAAGCACAUUGAGCACUGGGAGAACGUGGUCAACGUCGAUUUGUCGCACCGAAAAGCAAAGGAAAUCGUAACGGGACACGGAGACGUACGCACCACCUUCGCUGUCGUCUCAAACGCCCUGCGCCGCGCCAUAUCGCCUCAUUUUCCCAAGAAACAUAUUUGCGUGGAUACCCCCAAAAUCAUUGCUGAGCGGGUCGAGGGCCUGACUGAGUUCGUGCGGAAGAUCGCGAGCGUGUACAUCGACUUGGGGCUCUACCUCAGCAACAACCAGCUGCAUUCUAACACUUUUGCCUCAUCUUUCGCGCUGCUCCAUCACAUGCAAGUGGAAAUCGAAGAGUUUUUGCGAGUGCCGCAACCUCAGAAGGAUGCAGAGAUACGCCGACAGUCGGCUCCAGUAUGUUGCAUCUGCCUGAACGAGGAGGACCCCGUCGACACCGAAAAAGUGACACUCGUGCAACUUCCGUGUCGCCAUCACUUUCACGAGGACUGCGUCAUCGACUGGUUCAGUGCUAGCACUACAUGCCCACUUUGCCGUCGCACCACUGCCGCAGCACGUACAUGUACUGGUACCAAUCUGCUGCCAAACUUUGUGUAG